UUUUUAUUUGGAAAUAAGUGAUAUUUGUUUUUUGUAUAAGCGACAGUUUGUUUAUCUUGGAGAAAUUGUAGAAAAGUAAACAUGUCUAUGACAAGCAAUUCUUACCAAUAUUGGAGGGGUUAUACCCCCUCAUUUAUCGGUCAAAACAAGGGAGCACCACCUCUAGCACAAAUGCCUCACAUGUGGCAGCCAAAUCUUCAUGCCCAUGGGCCUUAUCAUUGUAGUCAUGCAGACUUCAAAUAUGCAGGCUGGAUGAAAUGGAGCAAGGAACACCCGGACUGGUAUGCCACAACGGCACAUCAACAACAUCCUGACUGGUAUGAAAGAAAAGUGGCUGACAUUAGAGAUGCUGACAAGAAAUACAGAAGAUGGCACUGGGACCCACCGUCAUAUGCUACAGAGAGACGGAUGGAUGGUGUCCGGACAUACAUCGAUGAUGGUACUAGACCUGAAAAUCUGCAGACCAGAUCACUUGGCUACACAGGAAAACCCCAGAAGAUUCCAAUGGAAGUUCCAAUGCCAAAAUGGGGACUGUACAACCCACCUCACUAUGAGGAACCGGCCAGGUUAAACUCUUUCCCCCCAAUUCGGGAUAAUGUUGAUCAUCCUUUAAAGAUGAUGUCAAGAUAUUGAAUGAUUCUCUGAUUAUAAACACAUGGUAAUCACGAGAAGGGAGCCUAUAUUUAUAAUGGCUUGAAUGUGUCUGCAAAAUGCUUGUAGGUCUCAUGGCUCCCUGAAUAUGUACCGUCCCUGACACUCUUGUGACUUCAUCUCUUUGAUCACACUCACAUCCUUGCCAUUGGCAAUAGGGUCUCCCGGGGCGCAAUAUUUUUGUCACAUCCAACAUUUAUCAUGUUAUUUCUAUUAAUUUGUUGUCUCUUGACAGUGUUGCAGCCAAAAUUUAAUCCGUCCAUUCUCGCUAAAAAUAGUCUGGCGAUAGCUAGUCCAUGUGUCUACUUCUCAGAGCAAGAGCAAGAAGAAGCAAAUUAUUUACACAAAAAGCUGUUUUGUAUAAUGCAUAUUAUUGAGAUAUUUAAGAGAAGCAUCCAGGGAAUGUUUCAAUCAUUAAGUUAUUUAUCUUGUUUUACUUGUAGCAUUCAAAAGAUCAUGUGUGACCCGCCAUGACAAAAUGAGUCGCAUGUCGCUCUGAGCUUGACAGGUUGAGACAGACUGGUUAUUCAUUUCACCAUUGUCUGCCUUUUGUUAAAUCGGAGCAUAUCAAUUUCUUCUAUUAUGUCCUGGUGUCAUUUUAGGCUCAUCUUCUGUGCGACAUGCGACUCAUUUUGUCGUGGUGGGUCACAUGUAGGCCUACUCAUAAAAUGCUAAUUUGUUGAACUAACUGUGAUUGUGUACUGAUAUUGUGUCAUGUAUUGUAUUUAUGGCUUUUUAAUAGAAAAACUUAUAAAAA